AAAUCACUAAAAGACACGGCCAAAGACAACCCCAGUCAACUUGGUGAUCCCGUAUCCCUUAAGGCAGAAACUAGCAACACCGAACCCACUGAAAACGAUCGUCCCAACAAGUCAGGAGGAAGCGAUGGCCACAAAUCUCUCAAGGACCUAGCAAAGGAAAAUCCUACACAGCUGGGUGACCCAGUGUCGCUGAAGGCAGAGACCAGCAAUACAGAACCCACUGAGAACGACCGUGGAGCGAGCAAAGCUCAUCCUGAGAAGAGUGGGAAGUCAAAGUUGUGA